UAUAGCGAUCGAUGUUGCAUGUGCAUUAGAAUACCUUCAUCACCAUUGUGAAACUCCUAUUGUUCAUUGUGAUCUAAAGCCAAGCAACGUUCUCAUUGAUAAAGACAUGACUGUCCGGGUGGGAGAUUUUGGGCUCGCCAAGUUCCUCACCGUAAAUUGCAGUAACAGUGAUGGUGGGCAAACAAAUUCACUUCCAAUCAAAGGAUCUAUAGGAUAUGUUGCGCCAGAAUAUGGAAUUGGAGGGAAGACAUCUACAGAAUGGGAUGUUUACAGCUAUGGGAUUCUUUUAUUGGAAAUGCUGACAGGAAAAAGACCAACAAAUGAAUUGUUUACAAAUGGACAAAGCCUUCAUGAAUUCAGUAUGUUGGCAUUGCCAGAGAGAGCGAUGGAGAUUGUGUAUUCGUGCAUGCCACUAGAGGAACCUGUUGAAGUUGAAAUGGAUGCACAGUAAUGAAAGAGUUAGACAAGACAAAAUACGAUCAUGCUUGAUUUCCCUUGUGCAGAUAGGGGUUGUGUGUUCUGCACAAUCACUCAGCGAAAGAAUGAAUUUCAAGGAUGUGAUUGUGGGAUUAAUGGCAAUAAAGGAAGUAUUUACUGGAGUAGGUAUCCAUGGCGGGAAACAAUUGAGGAUGCAACAUGCCGGUGAAGGAACAUCUUGAGCAAGCGAAUAGCUACUAAGAAGUACAUUUACCGGGAUUGAAGAUCUGGAGGAUGGUUGAAAGUUGAAACUUUUGGAGUGCAAUCAUUUCGUUAGUAUUUUAAUGGUUAAAUCAAAAAUUCUAGGCUGGUUUGUUAAUCAUAUAAGUUUAAAACAAGCGGAAAUUCUCACGCAUAUAUAGUUUUCCCGAGUUUUCAAGGACUCGUGAUUUUGCAUAUUUAUCGCUUAGGAAAAGUCUACAAUACACACCCCUUAAAAGGGUGUAUCAUAUGCACCUAUUUUAUGAUUCAUUCAUAACAUUUUAGCGUAUUUCGUAACUUUUGUUCUAGAAUUCAUAACUUUUCAGCAGUACGAUUCAUAACAUUUUCAUUAUGAUUCAUAACAUUUUGUUGUAUCUCGUAACCUUUAUACGAUUCAUAACUUUUUAGCAAUAGGAUUCGUAACAUUUUCUCUAUAAUUCAUAACAUUUUUUGGGGUGCAUAUGAUACACACCCAAAUAAAAGAUGUGUA